UUCUACUUUUUUUUGUGUCAUGGCGGCGGUGACUGUGGACGAAAUUUUAAGUCAAAUAGGAGGAUAUGGCAAGUAUCAAAUCCUCAUGUUGCAGUUGGUUGGUUUCAUUGAGUUUGGUAUAUCUUCUUUUAAUGUUAUGAUCAUUACAUUUAUCGCUGGAGAACCAACUUGGGAAUGUGUUUCAAAUAGCACUGUGUGUAAUAUAACCGGAAUGGUCGAUACCACCAGUGAUGAUUACAAUGCAAGAUGUGAUAUGCCAAGAUCAGAAUGGAAAUUCUCUGAUACCUUCACCUCUACUGUUACCGAGUUUGAGUUGGUGUGCGACAAAAGUAUUUUGCAGAACGUCUCAUCUUCUCUCUUCUGGCUUGGAUGGUUGAUCGGCAAUUUAGUAUUCGGUCAUAUCGCUGACAAAAUAGGAAGAAGAAAAGCAAUUUUACUUGGUGUAUUCGCCACCUCAGUCAUCUCCUGGGUGAUAGUUUGGCCCAGAUAUCUUUCCGUAUACAUUAUUUGUCGCAUUCUCACCGGGGUUAGCUGUGCUGGGGCAUCGAUGACAAGUUUUGUUCUCCUUGUUGAAUACAGUGGUGUAAAACAUCGGUCAUGGGCAGGAACGAACAUCUGGUAUUUUGGUUCAGCAUGUUUCAUGUUUCUGUCAUUGUUGGCGUAUUUGAUACGAGAGUGGAGAUACUUGAUGUUAUAUGGUGCGUGUGUAUCUGUCCCUGUGGUAAUAUCGACGUGGUUUCUUCCUGAAUCAUGUCGCUAUCUGCUCGUUAAUAAACGCCACGACGAAGCAGUCCAUCAGUUAACAAAAGUAGCAAAAUGGAACGGCAAACCAAUGCCAAAGGUUGAAUUGGAGGUGCCAAAAGAAAUCGUCGCAGAAAAGUCUGAUGUGAGAGAUCUAUUUUACGACAAGAAUGUUGCCAAGAUUACCAUUGCUAGUUGGAUUUCCUGGUUUUGCUGUGCGCUGGUUUACUAUGCUGUAAGUUAUGGAGCAAUAUAUCUGGGAGGGAAUAUCUAUUUGAACUUUUUCCUUGUCAGCCUCGCGACUGUUCCUUCAACUUUCACUGCCAUUAUCUGCAUGAACAAAUUUGGGCGACGAAAAUCUCUUGUUGCCGGAAUGUUUAUCUCAGCUGUGGCAUCCAUUAUUUCUGUGUCAAUACCAAUUGACCGAUCUAAUACAGGUUAUACAGUUGGGCGGAUAAUAAUGGCAAUGGCAUGCAAAUAUGCAAUUCUUGUUUCAUUCAACACUGUUUAUAUCCUCAGUUCUGAGUUAUUUCCAACUUCAGUGCGCUCGAUUGGAUUGGGAACAUCGUCAGCUUGUGCUAGGAUUGGUUCAUUUUUAGCACUUUAUGUUGUUUGGCUGAUUCGUAUCCAUGCUUUGUUGCCUUACACAAUCGUUGUUGUAUUGUGUGUUAUCACUGGAUUGAUAUGCUUCAGAUUUUUGCCAGAAACUCUAAACAAACCAACACCUGAAAGCAUGGAAGCUGUCCUUGAGAUGAAACCGGUGGAAGCUGCCGAACAGGAAAUAUCAUUAGAGACGAAAAAGAACGCAGUAGAGUAACUUAACGUAAGGCGGUUGAAGUUAAAGUUUGCUUUUCCCAGUGUUUGUCUGACAUGUGUAUUUUUACCACCAGCUUUCUCUAUAAGCAUGAAUAAUAUAUGUUUAUAAUUAUA